GUCGUUGAAUCAUUCGCUUUGAUGCAUCGAGGGAUUGGCCCUCUAUUAUGGGGAAGCGUUAAGCUAACAAUGCUUACCGCCGUCGAAUGCGCCUCGUACUAUGAAGAACUCUCUAGACUCCUUAUGGAUCUUGGAAGAUACUGUCCGUGCUGGACAGAAUAUCACACGUUAUAUUCAAGUUCAAGUCAACUUCAAAAAACCCUUUGCAAUUUUUAUGCAUCGCUUGUUCGUUGCUGCAAGCGCGCGAUGGAAAUCGUCCCGCGCAAAGGGUCAAAUUUCUAUCUCAAUUCUGUGUGGCAAUCAUUCGAACCGGAACUUGUGCGAGAUAUAAAUGAUAUCAAAAGACAUAACAAAGAUAUUGAAGAAGCGCUAUUCCUCGCCCAAGCGCAGGUCGAUCUUCAAAACCAACAAUUCCAAAAUACGGAGCAGAGAGAAAGUUCAAAGGGGGCAAAGCUGAAAAGCCUUUUCAUUCGACAAAAUAGCCAAUUUAGUGAAAUGAAAACAUGGCAAGCGGAAAUGAUUUAUUUUAACUCCCCAAUUAUAGUUGGCUCGGGCAAGACUAUUCUCACAGCAAGUGUAAUUGACAAGCUGUUGACCGAAAAGCGUGGUCCAGAUGUCUUUAUCUCAUUCUUCUUUGUGCGGUACGAUGACCGGCAAUCACUGAAAGCCGAAGUCAUACUUAGAUCAAUCAUUCGACAGGCACUAAACCAGUGCGGAUUUGCGGAAGACGUCGAGAUUUUGCUGGAAAAGAUACAAGCCAGCUUAUCAUCUGGGUUAGAGGAACUUCUUGAAUUACUCCAAAAGAUUGUCACUGCAUUUAAAGUCCUCUACAUCAUAAUGGAUGGGGUAGACGAAUGUGAAAGGCAGGAUCGCAGUGAUAUUCUCCACGUCCUAUCCUCACUUGCGACAGCCACAUUGAAUACGAAAAUUUUCCUCGCCAGUCGCGAUAGUAUCUCCUUGGAGAUACAAAAGAGAUUCCCUACACUCCACCGCCUUGCUAUGAACUGUUCCUCAGCUCACUCUGAUAUCUCUACAUACGUCGACGGUAUAGUGCAGGAAAAGCUUCAAAGCGAAGAGCUCAUAGUCGGAGAUUCGAGGCUUAUCGAAGACAUUAAACUGGCAUUGACGGAAGGGGCAGAUGGCAUGUUUCUCUGGGUUGCAUUUCAAGUCGAUGAGCUCAGUUUACAGCAUUGCGACGACGACAUCCGAAAGGCCAUUCAUAACUUGCCCAAAGACUUGGAGGAGACGUUUGAUCGGGCUGUCGGCCGGAUAGUUUCUCGGGGGAACGAAAACAUCGCACAGAGAGUGUUCCGGUGGGUUGCUGCAGCAGCAGAGCCUCUAUCGCUCGAUCAGCUGAAGGAGGUCAUCUUCAUUGAGAUUGGGCAGCAGUACUCAAAGGCAGAGCGACAAUCCAACGGUAUUGACCAUAUCGGUUCGUGGUGCGAAAAUCUCGUCCAUAUCGAUGAAGAGUUUAAAACUGUCCAAUUCGCACAUCGGACCAUUCAACAGUUCUUCUCCAAGAAGCCUUCUACCGCUCGACAUAACCAGUUCUAUUUAGACAUUGAGGAGGCCGAUCACUAUAUUGGUGAGAUAUGCACCACAUAUCUCAACUUUAAUGACUUCAAGACGACUCUAGCUCAACGAUCCAGGCCAUUACGACCUAUUCCACCUGUGGCUAUAGCAAGUACUGCCUUACGACAACAAUGGAAGUCGGUCGCUUCCACCUUUGAGAAAUUUAGUUUGAAGCCUCGGGGAGGCUCAACAGCCGCCAAUGCCAUUGAAUCUCUAGCUAAUUUCCAGCGAGAUGGUACGACAGAGGCGAAUGGCAGGCUACAAAUAGGCCACUCCUUCUUAAGAUAUGCAUCAAAGCACUGGAUCUGCCAUACGGCAAGAUUUCAAAAAGGGAGAUCCAAGACUUGGAGCCUAUGGUGGAAAAUGAUACUUGAAGGGAAUAACCUCGUUGAGCUUCCUUGGGGUGAAGGAUCUUUCAGUACAAGUAUCUCAUUAAUACUGGAGUGGAGCCAUAAAUUCCACCACUACGCUCUCAUACAGCUUAUUUGCCUUAUUGGCAGGCUUUCAACUGAAGAGAGAAAGCGACUUAUGCAGGAUGCAGUGAGUCAAGGCAAUAUUAUUUUACUUGAUAUCGUUCUCGAAGGCGAAAAGCCAGGCUAUCUAAUAGACCGGUCUUAUCUGGCCGCUGCCAAAGGUGGCCAUUUAGACGUCGUUGAAAGGCUCUUGGCCGCUGGAGCUGGAGUAAAUGUUAGAUUUGCUGAACGGACUUGCCGAACUGCGCUACAAUCCGCUACUAUACAUGGCCAUCUAGAAGUUGUUGAAAGACUUUUGGCUGCUGGGGCUAGAGUUGAAACCCCUGCUGAUUUAUAUGGCCAAACUGCUUUAGAGGUUGCUGCCCAAGGCGGCCAUCUGGAUGUUGUUGAAAGGCUCUUGGCUGCUGGGGCUAGAGUCAAUUCGAACGCUGAUUUCUAUGAUGAAACUGCUUUACAGGUCGCUGCUGAAGGGGGGCAUCUGGAUGUUGUUGAAAGGCUUUUGGCCUCUGGGGCCAAUGUCAAUGCUCAACCUCUUCAUCGGAGGGGCCGAGCCGCAUUACAAGCCGCUGCUGCAAAUGGCCAUCUAGAUGUUGUUGAAAGGCUCUUGGCCGCUGGAGCU